ACCAAACAGGCUUUAUAUACAAUUCUUCACACACAACUCCAAACCUUUUAUCUGAAAGGUGCUGAACUUAUUCUUCUCUGAAAGACCGAGACCGCUUGCCUACCUGCAGUGAUGAAAGGUAACAUGCUGACUUUUGCUCAGUUGUGUUUGCUCCUUUGCUGGAUGCUGCCUGUAUGCUCCAAGAAGAUCCAUUUGAACCUCACACCACGAGGUAACAAUGAAGGCAUCCCAUUGAGCAUGGUUGAAGAUUCGGUUGAUGACAUGUAUUUCGGCUGCAAUGAAGCAAUGAUGAAAGAAGUCAAGUACAAAUACUUAGAGAACGAAAAGAGAAUGUAUGCUUGGGAUAAUGCAAAAGAUUGUACUGAAAAAAAAUUCAAAGAGAGAUAUGAUAAAGCUCUAACCAAGGAUCACAUACAAGCAAUCUGUGUUUAUACCUCUAACAAUUUGUACGAGAAUUUCAAUAAGGCAGUCCGGACAGAAAGGAGCAUCUAUCGCUCCUCAUUUCCAUACCAUUCUUUGCAUUACCUGCUGACAUCUGCCAUACAGAUCUUGAAUAACAAGAACUCCUGUCACAUUACCUACAGACGAUCCAGGAAUAAGUUUACUGGCAGAGUCAACCAAAUAAUUCGGUUUGGCACCUUUGCCUCCAGCUCUUUCAGAACAGACUUGACAGGCUUCGGUCAAGAGACCUGCUUUAAAAUAAAGACCUGUUCUGGUGCUUUCUUGAAAGAUUAUUCAUUUUAUGAUCAAGAGGCAGAGGUGCUCAUCCCCCCCUACGAGAUGUUCAAGAUAACAAAGGAAAUUCAUUUACCGGUUAAAAUCAAAGGUCUGGGAGAUUGUAAAGUUGUCUUUGUCUUGAAGAGUGCAGGAGGAAGGAGCAAUCUGAACUGCAAAGCUGUGCAUCAAGUCCAGAAGUUCUUCUCCAACAAGUUGGAAAAAAACAAUCUUCCAUUUUUAAACUUUCUAACUCGCUUGUCACAGCUCAAUCAAUUAGAUGAGCAACAGCAUAGCUAAACAUUAUUCAUCCUUAAGUUCCUGCUUACUGUAUGUUUGAUUAUCGUGGGCUUGUGUUUUGUUCUCCAGCAACAUAUGGUUGUUGGAAAUAUUUUAUAAGAAAAUGCACCAAUCCCUCUAUAUACAUUAAUGCAGUGUAUAUGCUCUCAUUUCCCUCUGUAAUGUUUUAUUA